UCUUUCCACCUUGUCCCAGUGUCUAUUUACAUGCAUUUCAACGCCCUUUUCACAAUACAAACUUGAACUGCAUUAUAUAGGCAUUGACAUAGGGGAAGUAAUCGUCACUUUGGAAAACAGCACUAGAUCAGCUGAGCAUAUCACCAUGUCGACCGAAAGGAAGCUUCAGUUUGACUUUGAUGAACCGGAGGAAAAGACUAUGUACAAGGAUGAGCCGGAAGUGCAUGGAAAAGAACUGGAAAAACAUACCACCAUGUCGACCGAAAUGCAGCUUCAGUUUGACUAUGCCGAAACGGAGGAAAGGACUAUGUUCAAGAAAGAUGCAACCAAGACCUACAUCAUCUUUGGAGCAGUGGUGUUGAUUAUCAUACUCUGUGGUUUAGGGAUAGGAAUAGGUGUUGGGUAUGGCAUCUGGAGUGAAAACACAGUCCCAAAACCAGCCCCUCAAGACCAGUCAUCCCCGAUGCCUACCACACCACCGAAAAUGUCAACGGUUCUCAAACCUACAGGCAAACCAGGGACAACUGCAAAACCAAGGACUACUGCACAACCAAGGACUACUGCAAAACCAGGGACUACUGAAAAACCAGCGGAGCAUUGGAUUGACACACCAUGUGUGACUGGAUCGGAUCCAAUUUGCCCCCCUGGUGUCGACAGACCUCCGCUGAUUCUAGUCUCCUUAGAUGGCUUCCGAGCGGACUACCUCGGCAGGAAACUCACCAAGCACAUCCAGAAACUCAGUGAUUGUGGGACUCACGCACCAUACAUGCUUCCAUCUUUUCCUACGGUCACCUUUUCUAAUCACUACACCAUUGCAACGGGUCUGUACCCAGAACACAACGGCCUGAUUGCCAAUUCAAUGUAUGAUCCUGAUAUAAAAGCAUCGUAUUAUAUUGGAGGCUCUCAGACACGGAAUAAGGCAUGGUACUUUGGAGAACCAAUUUGGAACACAGCCAAGAAGAACGGUUUACGGACUGGUUGUUAUUACUGGGUGGCAUCUGAUGUUGACAUACAGGAUAUGAGGCCUGACUAUUUUUUCCUCUAUGAUGGUAAUAUCAACCCGGAGCAGAAAACAGACAUCAUUCGUGGCUGGUUGGAGCUUCCAACUGGAAAGAGGCCUGAUUUUAUUACUCUGUAUUACGAUGAGCCAGAUCAUGAAGGGCACGACUUUGGACCUUACUCUGACGAGGUAAACGACAAACUUGAAGUCGUCGACAAGUACAUCGCUGAUCUCAUGGAUGCAUUACUUGUAACCAACAUGCAUAAGUGUGCAAAUGUCAUGAUUCUUGCUGAUCACGGCAUGGCAAACAGAAGCUGUGAAAAUUACAUCAAAUUGGGUGCUAAAGAUGGCAUCAACUUCACAACAAGUGAUUACUACAGUCGAUCCACGGCAGGCUGCAUGAUGCGAUACAGCAAUAAACCCGAUACUGUGCUUAAAGAUCCAAGAGAUAUCGUCGAUAGGUUGAAGUGUCGAGAUCCCAAUGUCAUCCCGUACGUCAAGAAAGACAUGCCUAAGAGAUGGCACUACAUGAACAGCAAACGUAUUGAAGAUGUUCUGAUACCCGUCAAAGAGGAUUUCGCCAUCACAAAUGUGAAUCUUCCAAGUAAUUGUGACGGGGGCGGCCACGGAUACGACAACUUAGCCAGACAGAUGCAAUCCCUGUUUCUUGCAUACGGCCCAGCUUUUAAGAAGAAUUUAAAGAUAGAACAUUUUCAAAAUAUUGAACUUUUCAACAUAAUGUGUGAUGUGCUCGGUAUACCAGCCCCAGCCAAUGAUGGGGAGAACGGACGUCUUCAUGAAAUCCUGCAGAAUCCUCCUUCUCUUCCACCCUUCAAUGAAUCGUCUUAUUCCUCCUCGUUGUCUUGUCCUUACCCCGCGACCGAUCAGAGUUACUCGGACCGACUGAGUGUCGAUGAUUCCAUGUGCACUUGCACUGACGAAGUGGCUACUAUGACCAACAAAACAAUCCAAGAAUUUGACGAGCAGCUGAAUUUAUCUGACAGCGAAAAAACAGCGGCAAGGACCAUGCAUGCUUUGUUUGGAGUUCCCAAGGUGACAUUUAGGACUGAUUACUGUGAGUUGGUCCAGACCAACUACAUCACAGCAUACAGCCACGAACUGAAGAUGCCUCUCUACACGUCCUUCACUCUCAACAAGAAAGAUUCACAUGGUAGUGCUCCAAAUUUGACCUGUGCCAGAACUGAUGUUCGUGUUGGAGCAGAUGUAACUCCAAACUGCACUGACUAUAACAACAUCCAGUCACCCAAUGGUGAUGCAGACUUUGACCCGACGAAUAUCGUCAUGGGUUUCUCCUAUUCACCAGGCUUGACUGAAACAUUGGAUGCUGAGAUGGAUGCACUCAUCACAUCCAACUUGGUGCCACAAUUCACUGGAUUUAUACGAGAUGUAUGGAGUGGUUACUUGGAUGACUACUUACCUAAAUGGGCAGAUAAAUACAACGGUAUCAACGUAGUGACUGGUCCAAUAUUUGACUAUGACUUGGACGGCCUCAGAGAUUCCAUGGAUGUUAUAACUCAGAAAGGGGAAAAGCUUGGAGACACAAUGAUACCAACUCACUACUUUGUCGUAAUCACAACAUGUUCCUCCGAUGACCAACCCAUCAGUAAAGACUGUCCAUCGCUCACUCCUCUAGCCUUCAUCCUUCAUAACAAGGAUGGCAUACAGGCUUGUCAGAGCCAACUUGAUUACAUGGAGGCUAACACUGCAAGAGUGAAGGACGUGGAGCUUCUGACUGGUCUAAGGUUCUAUCCCGAUCUGGAGCGCUACCAGGCAAUACAUCUCAGGACCUAUAAUGUGUUGAGGGAGCAGUUCUUUGAGUAUUGGGAUAAGAAUUGAAUCAGCCUCAGCGUUGUUGUCGAGUCUAGGACAAGCCCACCACAAGU